AAGUAGUGAAAACAAAGAAAAAAGAUGAACCGAAGGCUGAAAAACACAUUACCAAGUGUGUUCCGGAAAAAAAGAAAAAAACAUUCGUAAAGCCGGCCGGUAAAGCACAUGGUAAACCUCCGGUCUCACCGUCACCGAAAAAAAAACAGACUGAAAAGAAGCUGCCGAAAGCCGGAGAGGCUGGGAAGAAGAAAAUUUUAAAUGAAAGUGGUCCGGAAAAUGCGCGUGUUGUAGAAGAAAUACCGGUUAAUGCGGGUUUCCAAGCCGAUUUCGCAGAUUGCAUGAAUGAAGAAGCUGGCCAGGAACGAGUGCCUAUUAUAGAUACAUCCGAUAUAGAAAGAUACUACCGAGAAACCGGCGAGUGGGGACAAACACAACAAAGUCAGCCGGGAAUUAGCUCAUCUAUGGCAUCUCAAUAUGGAUCGACACCAGCGACACAAAGCGACGAGGUACAUGCGGGAAUGUUGGAGGUUUUCUUGAAUCAAUUCGACGAAUGUGUAAAAAGGAUAACCGACACUUUUACAGAAGGUUUCCAAUUGUACCCCCAAAGUGAAAAAAUCAAAGAAGUACACAAAUUGUGGACAGAUAAGUUGAAAAAGGUCGGAUCAACGUGUACGACAACCGAACAACCACAAACUCCUGAUGAUAAAACACCGGAAAAACAGGCAAAUAAGGAGAAUUUGGAUAUGUCACAGUUGUCGCAGUGGACACCUUCAUUGGCCGAAGAGGUAUGCAAGACGGUUGACAAGACAACCACGCAGACGACUCAGCUUGCAGUAAUUGAGCCGCCCGCACAGAAGACUCAGGUUGAAGAAAUGGAGAAGACCGCACUCGCCGUCACACCAAUCUCCCAGAAAACACAGGAAGAGUACGAAUAUACAAUUAGACGUGGGCGGCUAAUACACGAUCUGGACCUUGGAAAGCCGAAAAUAAGACCGGAAAGACAAACAGAGUUGACCGAUGCUCUAAGGUCACCUUACGUGAAGCGGGCAGUGUCGAUUAAGGCAAAGCUUGAAAACGCUGAGCUCUCCGUCAGCUCAUACAUGUUUUCAGCCUGGGGUUCAAUGUGGGAUGUUGUCUUCAGAACUAAGAAAGGAGUGCCGGUGAUGAGAUCUCCGCUCGAAUCAUUAUUGCCGGGAAUCGAGGUGCACAUAUUGGUAAUAAGCGCGUGGGCGGAUUUGUUGAAUUACGAAGAAAAAUUCAAGCUAAAGGGAAGCAUCGCACGCCUGUUCUGUUCAGUCAAUAUGUUGAAUGAAGACGACUACAUUAAAAAUGCAAAAUCAAGAGCAAAAACGUUCGGAGACAACAUGGAACCGGUUUUAGUUUCAGCUGAUGUCAAAAAGAUACCUGAACAUGCCCUCAUCUUUGUACCAGUCUUACACGAAGCUCAUUUCUAUUGUGUAUGCUUUAAUUUAAAGGACAUGAAGGUAGAAGUUUUGGACAACAGCGCUAAGGAUGUCUCAAUGCAAGCGAAAUACAAAAAAAGGCCGGAAAAAUUGCGUGAUGCUUUAUCGGUGUACUUGGAAAAAAAUGGGCAUCCGGCGGGCGGGGUGAUCGAUAAGGUUGAGCCAGUACGAUUGGAAAUGCCAUGGCGUACAAAAAAUAAUGUAAUCGAUUGUGGCGUCUUCCUGAUGCGCCAUAUGGAAACAUACAAGGGCGUAUCUGGAAAAGGUUGGGAAUGCGGAUUCUCAAAUGAGUGCACUGAUGCGGGUGAGAUUUCAUACAAGCAGAGCAAAGAGAUUGAUGAUCUCCGGCGUAAGUACAUUACGAAGAUGCUCCUAAGUGAAGGAAACGAGUACAGAGGUUUUGUUAAAGCCGAGGUUGCUAAAUAUAACAAGUUGUCGGCGGAUGAAAAAAAGAGGCUAGAAUCAAAAGCCUAUGACACAAUCCUUGCAAGAUUGGAUAACUAG